CAUUUUAAUCAUCCUCCUCAAGACACACACUCACACGCUGGCAGGGACCCUGAGAACACACCUCUUCGCUCCUCCAGCCACCCGCAAGCUCUCCCUCCCCGUUCCUACAGCCUUUGGGGAACUAAAGAGUUAACUCCGCCCUUCUACCUGGUCCUUUUUCUCCGCUAAUCCGCUCAAUCUGGAAAACGGGCCGGGGGGGGCGGGGGGGAGAUCCUAGAUGGACUGGUUACGGGGACCCUGGAUUCACCUACUUUAACGCCUUUUCCAGAAACCGUCACCCUCCCGCACCACCCCGACACACAUCCAAACACUCACACUUUUUCCUGCCAAGAUCCCAAACCAGCACCUCUUUCUCUCUUCCCCAGACGGAACCAGGUAGGAGGGGAGGGAAAGGUGGGGCGCAAGAGGCCCCCUGUUGCUCCCACACACUUCUCUAUUCAGUUCUCCUUCCCGACCCCGCAACGGAGCCCCUUCUACCGGUGCCGCUUCUCGGAGGAGGAAGAAGUUUGGCCGCCGAGAAGCGCGAAGAGGGUCUAAAGGAAAGUGUGCGGGCUGAGGGGCUCGGAAGAGCCCGCGACUUCGGGGCGGGGAGGAAGGAGUUAAAGAUCCAGGAUUGGUUCUACGGUCACGAAGUCUGGGAGGGGAAGCGGCCGGGAGGGAGGGUUCGGAGCUUGGCUUGGGUCCUCCCCAGUCCCCCCCGGACUGCCGGAGACUUGGGCCGGCCGGACGCCCCUUCUGGCACACUCCCUGGGCCAGGCGCUCACGCACACAUACAAACCCUCACACUCCCCUUUCCCUCCCUGGCGCCCUCUCCCAUCCUUCUCCACGGAGCGCUCGCUCGCGCUCUCGUUUUCUCUCUCCUAACACACUCACACACACACACACACACACACACUCUCGCUCACACUCGCGUCUUCUCGGCCCCCGCGCUCUCCUCGCACCCACCUGCUCUGCAGCGCCCUGGGCGCACCCCUCGGUCGCGCGCCCCUGGCGCUCCUGGCGCAGACUGUCACAGCUAGAGGGGGCAGCGUGCCCCGGGGUGAGCGCCCCCGCCCCGCUCGUCCUCCCUCCCACAGGGGCGCUCCUGGUGCCCAGGACGGGCCGCUGAACCGGAGGGGACGCAGGAGGCCAUGGUGGGAGCGCUUGUCCGCCUCGGUGCCCGCUGAGGCCAUGCCGCGCCCCGGCUGCCCCUCCGGCGCUCGCCUGCGCCUGCUUCUCCUCCUGCCGCCGCUGCUGCUGCUCCCGGGCGGCUACGCGGGCGACCUGACGGUGGCCGUGGUGCUGCCUCUGGCCAACACCUCGUACCCGUGGUCGUGGGCGCGCGUGGGACCGGCGGUGGAGCUGGCCCUGGCCCGGGUGAAGGCGCGGCCGGACCUGCUGCCGGGCUGGACAGUCCGCACGGUGCUGGGCAGCAGCGAGAGCGCUCUGGGCGUCUGCUCCGACACCGCCGCGCCCCUGGCCGCCGUGGACCUCAAGUGGGAGCACAACCCCGCGGUGUUCCUGGGCCCCGGCUGCGUGUACGCCGCCGCCCCCGUGGGCCGCUUCACUGCGCACUGGCGGGUGCCGCUGCUGACCGCCGGCGCCCCGGCGGUGGGGUUCGGGGCCAAGGACGAGUACGCGCUGACCACCCGCGCCGGGCCCAGCCAUGCCAAGCUGGGCGACUUCGUGGCGGCUCUGCACCGACGGCUGGGCUGGGAGCGCCAGGCGCUAGUGCUCUACGCCUACCAGCCCCGCGACGACCAGCCCUGCUUCUUCGUGGUGGAGGGGCUGUACAUGCAGGUCCGCGACCGCCUCAACAUCACGGUGGACCACCUGGAGUUCGCCGAGGGCGACCGCGACCACUACACCAUGCUGCUGCGCACCGUGCGACGCAAAGGCCGAGUUGUCUACAUCUGCAGCUCCCCAGAUACCUUCAGAACCCUGAUGCUUCUGGCCCUGGAAGCUGGCCUGAGCGGGGAGGACUAUGUUUUCUUCCAUCUGGACCUCUUUGGGCAAAGCCUGCAGGGAGCACAUGGCCUUGCUCCCCACAGGCCCUGGGAGAGAGGGGAUGGGCAGGAUGUCAGUGCCCACCAGGCCUUUCAGGCUGCCAAAAUCAUUACAUAUAAAGAGCCGGAUAAUCCUGAGUACUUGGAAUUCCUACAGAAGCUAAAACACUUGGCCCAUGAGCAGUUCAACUUCACCAUGGAGGAUGGCCUGGUGAACACCAUCCCAGCGUCCUUCCACGACGGGCUCCUGCUCUAUGUCCAGGCAGUGUCGGAGACUCUAGCACAUGGGGGAACUGUCACCGAUGGGGAGGGCAUCACUCAGCGGAUGUGGAACCGAAGCUUCCAAGGUGUGACAGGAUACCUGAAAAUGGACAGCAAUGGAGAUCGGGAGACCGACUUCUCCCUCUGGGAUAUGGAUCCUGACACUGGCGCCUUCAGGGUUGUUCUGAACUUCAAUGGAACCUCCCAAGAGCUGGUGACCGUGUCAGGGUGCAAACUGAACUGGCCUCUGGGGUAUCCACCUCCUGAUGUCCCCAAGUGUGGUUUUGACAAUGAGGACCCAGCCUGCAACCAAGACCACUUUUCCACCCUGGAGGUGCUGGCUUUGGUGGGCAGCCUCUCCCUCCUCAGCAUUCUGAUCGUCUCCUUCUUCAUAUACAGGAAGAUGCAGCUGGAGAAGGAACUGGCCUCAGAGCUGUGGCGGGUGCGUUGGGAGGACCUGCAGCCCAGUAGCCUAGAGAGGCACCUCCGGAGUGCAGGCAGCCGGCUGACCCUGAGUGGGAGAGGCUCCAAUUACGGCUCCCUGCUGACCACAGAGGGCCAGUUCCAAAUCUUUGCCAAGACAGCGUAUUAUAAGGGUAACCUCGUGGCUGUGAAACGUGUGAACCGUAAACGCAUUGAGCUGACGCGGGAAGUCCUGUUUGAGCUGAAGCAUAUGCGGGAUGUGCAGAACGAACACCUGACCAGGUUUGUGGGGGCCUGCACUGACCCCCCCAACAUCUGUAUCCUCACAGAGUACUGUCCCCGUGGGAGCUUGCAGCAGGACAUCCUGGAGAAUGAGAGCAUCACCCUGGACUGGAUGUUCCGGUACUCGCUCACCCAUGACAUCGUCAAGGGUAUGCUGUUCCUGCACAAUGGGGCCAUUUGCUCCCAUGGGAACCUCAAGUCAUCCAACUGCGUGGUAGACGGGCGCUUCGUGCUCAAGAUCACUGACUACGGGCUGGAGAGCUUCAGGGACCCGGAGCCCGAGCAAGGAUACACCCUCUAUGCCAAAAAGUUGUGGACAGCCCCUGAGCUCCUGCGAAUGGCCUCACCCCCUGCCCGGGGCUCCCAGGCUGGUGACGUGUACAGCUUUGGGAUCAUCCUUCAGGAGAUUGCCCUGAGGAGUGGUGUCUUCCAUGUGGAAGGUUUGGACCUCAGUCCCAAAGAGAUCAUCGAACGUGUGACUCGGGGCGAGCAGCCCCCCUUCCGGCCCUCCCUGGCCCUGCAGAGUCACCUGGAGGAACUGGGGCAGCUGAUGCAGCGCUGCUGGGCCGAGGACCCGCAGGAGCGGCCACCCUUCCAACAGAUCCGCCUGAUGCUGCGCAAAUUUAACAGAGAGAACAGCAGCAACAUCCUGGAUAACCUGCUGUCGCGCAUGGAACAGUACGCCAACAACCUGGAAGAGCUGGUGGAGGAGCGGACCCAGGCCUACCUGGAGGAGAAGCGCAAGGCGGAGGCCCUGCUCUACCAGAUUCUGCCUCACUCAGUGGCUGAGCAGCUGAAGCGCGGGGAGACGGUCCAGGCCGAAGCCUUUGACAGCGUCACUAUCUACUUCAGCGACAUUGUGGGUUUCACGGCCCUGUCGGCGGAGAGCACGCCCAUGCAGGUGGUGACCCUGCUCAACGACCUGUACACUUGCUUUGAUGCUGUCAUAGACAACUUUGAUGUCUACAAGGUGGAGACCAUUGGGGACGCCUACAUGGUGGUGUCCGGGCUCCCAGUGCGGAACGGGAGGCUGCACGCCCGCGAGGUGGCCCGCAUGGCCCUGGCGCUGCUGGACGCGGUGCGCUCCUUCCGCAUCCGCCACCGGCCCCAGGAGCAGCUGCGCUUGCGCAUCGGCAUCCACACAGGACCCGUGUGUGCAGGUGUGGUAGGGCUGAAGAUGCCCCGUUACUGUCUUUUUGGGGACACAGUCAACACGGCCUCAAGAAUGGAGUCUAACGGGGAAGCCCUGAAGAUCCACUUGUCUUCUGAGACCAAGGCUGUCCUGGAGGAGUUUGGUGGUUUCGAGCUGGAGCUUCGAGGGGAUGUAGAAAUGAAGGGCAAAGGCAAAGUUCGGACCUACUGGCUACUGGGGGAGCGGGGGAGUAGCACCCGAGGCUGACCUGGCUCUCCUCCUGGCCUUCCACACCUCCCUUCCCUGUGCCAGAGGUGAGAGAGAGGUGCCAGGCCUCAGCCUCGCCUGCAGUAUCCCCACCAUUGCCAAAGAAGUAGUUUGAACAGCUCAGAUGUGCAGACCCCAGUGGAGACACCAGACAUUACCUCUGAAAGUGGACUGGUAUUGAGGGAGAACUUGGAGCUCACAGGACCAGACCAGAACUCACAGCCAUGCCCAGGGACACAAACACACACACACACAAACACACACACACACACACACACACACACACACACACGUAGGCACACGCACCUGCUCUCCACCCUGACUCAGGCCAGGCCAGGCUGGGAUAUGGAUUCCUGGAUCCUCCUGCCCCUCCCUGUGCCCUCUUCCCUCAACCUUGCUACACUGUGACUUUUAUGGGGAGGAGGAAAAGGAAAAGGGAUUAUAGGUGAAUCUAGGGGCUGGGGGGAGUCCACAUCUGGGCCUAGCCCAGAUGGGCCACAAACAUGCCCCCUGUCCCCCACCACCCAACCUAGGAUGCAAUGCACAGGGGAGAAAGGGAAGGACAGAGGGCUGUGGGCUUGUAUGCCUUGCUUCUCCUGUGAGUGGAGACCAUUAAAAUCUUUAUUCCA